GCUUCGUGAAUAGGGACACCAUCUCUUUCUGUUCAUUAUUUAUAAGUCUCUUCCUUUUAUGGUCAACACAAGUCCUCUGCUCCUCGUUCUCUUCGAAAGACAACCUUUUCCUCUGUUCCCUAAACAUGGCUUCCAUCUCUCAAGGUCUCGUCUUCACCUCAGCCAUGCUCUUCUCCACCACUCUCCUCUACCUUGCAUUUUCCAAGCACAAAACUUCUCCCGACUUUCAUAUUCCCUCAGAUUCCAACAAACAGAUUCUUCGCUCUUGCAUGUACUCAGAGGAGAAGAAAAGAGAAAGGAAGAAAAACAAGAAGAAGGUGAAAUUCGCUAAAAAUGUGAUGGUGAAGGAAGUGGAAAGAGAUGGUGAGGAAGAAAACAGAGAAGAACAGGAGAUGCAAAACAGAGUAUCGAGAAGCGAGUGGAAAAGAGAAAAUCUGGAAAACCCUGAAAUUCCAGCGAACCGAGUUGCUCUGUAUAAUGGGAUUUUGAGGGACAGAGUGCAGAGAAUGGCGUGCUGUCACUGAUGAGAUCAUCGUCUGCUGCUUCGUGUAGAAAUUGUAUUUCAUGAAACAGGGGAGACAUUUUUCACUGCAAGUUCUUUCAUUUUUUUCUUCUUCAAUGUUUCUAUUAUAUUAAUAGAUUUGUUGAUAAAAUGUAACAUAUAUUAAUUUUA